GUUGUCAGUGGCAGGAACCACUCCCCGAGCUGGUACACUCAGGCCUCCAGUCUCACCCUUAUCGAGCACAUCCAGCCAGCGCACGCACUCAUACAUAACCACAGCAGGCUUUAUACCAUGAACUUCUUCAAAACAAAGCAGCGGACACCUCCAGACCUCGUAAGAGGCCUUCGAGACACGAUACCAAAGCUCGAAUCUGGCCCUCCAGGGACCGAAACGAGGAGAAAGGCAAGCGAAGAGGUAUCCAAGAAUUUGCAGCAGAUCAAGGCUAUCUUGUACGGCGACGGAGAUCCUUUACCCGAGCUAGUGGCUCAACUUGCACAGGAGACAUACAACACAGACCUUUUGUACCAUCUAGUCCUCAACAUCGCCCGAUUUGAUUUCGAAUCUCGGAAAGACGUCGUACAGAUAUUUAACAACCUACUCAGACGGCAGAUUGGCUCGCGAUUGCCCACUGUAGAAUACAUAUCUGCAAAGCACGACAUCAUCUUCGCCGCGCUCGCUGGUUACGAGAACGAGGAAAUCGCGCUCAAUACAGGUAUGAUCUUGAAGGAAAUGCUUCGACACGAGCAACUAUGCAAGGUCCUUCUUUAUUCAGAACAGUUUUACAUGUUCCCACAUCAUAUCGAGAAUACGACUUUCGGUGUCUCUUGUGAUGCUUUUGCGAACCUGAAGGAGACGCUGACACGGCACAAGCCUAUGGUGGCCGACUAUCUUGACAAGAACUACGAAAGAUUCUUUGCUUCAUUCACCACACUUAUUCUCUCGAACAACUAUGUGACGAAAAGGCAGUCACUCAAGCUACUAGGAGAAAUUCUUCUGGAUCGUGCAAACUUCAAUGUGAUGACACGGUACAUCGCCAACGAAGGGAACCUGAAGAUGAUGAUGAACCUCCUGCGCGAUAAGAGUAAAAACAUCCAGUUUGAGGCGUUCCAUGUAUUCAAGGUCUUCGUGGCGAAUCCGAAGAAACCCCCUCAAAUAGAGGCUAUCCUCCGACGGAAUAAAGACAAGCUACUAGUUUUUCUCAAAGGAUUUCACAACGACAAGGAAGACGAACAAUUUAGCGACGAGAAGCAGUUUCUUAUCGUACAGAUUCAAAGCCUGUAAUAUCCAGUUCCCUGCUCGUGCUGUGUCCGCUUGCGAGGACAUCUGCAUCGAGCAUACUACUAUCCAAUGUACAUCUCCUCAGUUCCUCUCAUCGUCAUGCAUGUACUGCAGUUUAUCUUCACGCCAAUUUAUGUUUCAUUUCUUCUUCUGUUUA